CAGGCCUGUGCCUGCACGCGGCCACCGGGGCCAUCUCCGGGCGAGUGCCCGCAGCGUCCCAGGUGGGCGGCUGCCGGCACGUCGUCACGGCGGCGAACGAGGCGGGUUUCUGCGAGUGCGAGGUCACCUUCUGCGUCGGCGCGGCGCCGCCGCGCGGCCGGCAGCAGGAGUCGCGCCUGCGCCCAGACCCCCCAGCCGCCGAGCACGGCGCGGGCGAGGCUCCCUGUCGGCUCACGGUGUCCUACGCGGUGGCCCUCGGGGAGGAGGCCCACCGCGGCACUGUGCGACUGGUUCCCGAGGUGCUCUCCUGUGGGCCGGGGGCGCCGGCGCUGAGCACCGGCGCGGCCCAGGUGUUCUCGGUCGAGCCACCGCUGCCCCCGGGGCUGUCGCUCUGCAAGGAGUCCGGCACGAUCCUCGUGGAGCCCGACUCUGCCGUCGGCCUCUCCGCCUACCGGGUCACUGUGCGACGCGGCGGCCUGGAGGCGUCCACGGACCUGCGCCUCUCCGUGCGGGCGGGGACGCUGCCCGCGUCGCUGUCUUACCCGGGCGUUGCUGCGAGGUACACUGUGGGCGACAGCGUUGAGCUCGCCCCGUGCACGGAUGGGCACAGCUUCUCCUCCUGGGCUGUCGAGCCUGAGCUGCCAGCCGGGCUGCACCUGUGCCCCGCGACCGGGGCGAUCUACGGCAGGCCGUCGGAGGUCUUGCGCGGCGGGGCCUGGACGGUCGCUGCCCGGGGCGCCGCGGGCCGCGAGGCCAUCGCCCGCCUGGCUUUCACGGUCCAGCCGGCGGCGCCCUGCAGGCUGUCGUACCCGCUGCUCGCGCGGGAGUACCCCGUGCUGCAGCUCAUGGCGGUUCAGCCGACGGUGCUGGGCGAGGUGGUCGGCUACUGCGUGUCCCCGCCCCUGCCGGAGGGCCUGGAGCUCGAUCCGAGGACCGGCGAGGUUCGCGGCGUGCCCGCCCGGGCCGCCCCCGAGGCCACCUACGAGGUGACGGCGAGGAACGAGGCAGGAUCGGCGUCCGUGCGGCUGACGUUCAGCACGAGGGUGCUGGCGCCCCGGGCCCUGAAGUACCCGCAGGCCCGGGGGCGGUACCGCGCCGGCGAGGCCAGCGAGCCGCCCCGCCCGCGUGCCCGUUUGGCGGCCCUCCCGCUCGGAGAGGGCAGGCGGAACACGAGUUCAGCGCGAAGAUGUAC